ACUGCUACUACCUCGUGGUUUUGUUUCAGGCAUUUUCAUUCCCAUUCGCCAUUUUUAAAACGCUACGCUAAAGAGUACACCAUGGCAGAAGUGGAAAAGGAGCCGACUAUCGCCGAGGAUUUGGUGGUCACAAAGUACAAGUUGGCCGGCGAGAUUGUCAACAAAACACUGAAGGCGGUGAUUGGACUCUGCGUGGUGGACGCCUCCGUGCGGGAAAUCUGUAGCCAGGGGGACAAUCUGCUCACCGAGGAGACCGGCAAAGUAUACAAAAAGGAGAAGGAGCUGAAGAAGGGCAUCGCCUUCCCCACCUGUCUGUCCGUCAACAACUGUGUCUGCCACUUUUCGCCAUCGAAGAACGACACCGAUUACACGUUAAAGGCCGGCGAUGUGGUUAAAAUCGACUUGGGGGCCCACAUCGAUGGAUUCAUUGCCGUGGCCGCUCACACGAUCGUUGUGGGAGCCAGCGCGGACCAGAAGAUCACCGGUCGCCAGGCCGAUGUCAUCCUCGGCGCCUACUGGGCUGUCCAGGCUGCUUUGCGCCUGCUUAAGUCCGGAGCCAAUAACUACGCCAUCACCGAUGCAGUGCAACAGAUCAGCGAGUCAUACAAGUGCAAGCCCAUCGAGGGCAUGCUUAGUCACGAGCUGAAGCAGUUCAAAAUCGACGGCGAGAAGACCAUCAUACAGAAUCCCAGCGAGGCGCAGCGCAAGGAGCACGAGAAGUGCACCUUUGACACCUACGAGGUCUAUGCCAUCGACGUAAUUGUCAGCACCGGCGAGGGAGUGGGACGCGAGAAGGACACAAAGGUCUCCAUCUACAAGAAGUCGGAAGAGAACUACAUGCUCAAGCUGAAGGCUUCCCGUGCCCUGCUGGCAGAGGUGAAAACCAAGUACGGAAACAUGCCCUUCAACAUCCGCAGCUUUGAGGAGGAGACCAAGGCCCGCAUGGGCGUCGUCGAGUGCGUUUCUCACAAGAUGAUUGAACCCUUCCAGGUUCUGUACGAGAAGCCGAGCGAGAUAGUGGCGCAGUUCAAGCACACUGUCCUGCUUAUGCCCAAUGGCGUCAAUUUGGUUACCGGCAUCCCAUUCGAUGUGGACAGCUAUGUGAGCGAGCACAGCAUUGCGCAGGAGGAGCUCAAGGAUCUGGUCGCGCAGCCACUGGGACCCGUCAAAGGUAAGGGUAAGGGCAAGAAGGGAGCUGCUGGAGCGGCGACAAAGGUAGAAUCGGCGCCGGCCGUUGAAACCAAGGCAUAGGCCUCGCGCAACCUUAACCACCAUCCCCCUCCAACAGCAAUUGCUAAAAAACUACAAUGUGAACAAUUGCGCUGCCUAUCGCUGCCGCUCCACAGAUUUUUUACUAUCGAAUUCGUUGCGUAGUACACACACACACCCGCCCCUUUUGACAACCCACACGGCAACCACAAUUUAAGGAGGAUAGUUGUUCAUUAGCCCGCAGAGCAGUAGAAUGAAAACGCAGAGCCAUUUCCCCGAUCCUAUCCAUCCAUUAGCAGGACGGUUUCGGCCGCUCCAAAUUUACCUCUUUAUUUCCGUUACUAUAGUAAGCUGACUUCGUCUAUCGGUUUGUUCAACAUCAUCGCAACGAAAGCAAAAGCAAAAAAAAGGAAAUCAAGAACUGUCGUCAAAUUGUAACAAUUUUAACGCUAAAAUGAUCUUUAAAUAUAAUUCAAGAUAUAUGAAACAAAAACGUUA